AUGCUGAAACCAGACGCCUCAUGUUCCAUCAGUUUUGAAUUUGCAGUAAAAUCAUCUUCGAGGGGUUCGAAAGCUAUGGGACAAGAUCCAGGAUCCGUGGUUUCAAAAUCUAAUAUACUAACACGACCUGCAAAAUUGAUUGUGUCUUACGGAAAAGACGAGUUCAAACAGAAAAUAGGGACUAAUUUGACUCAUCACAUAGG